GCUGAAGUCCGGUGCCUCCGCGCCGUGCCGCGCCGUGCCGAGCUGGGGGUACCGUCACUCGGCGCUUCCAGCAUGCUCCUAAGAUGGCGGUAGCGGCGGCGGGCGGCGGCGGGGGCGGCCGGGCGCAGCGCAGCGGCUGGCUGGAAGUUUUGGUGCGGGAGCGCUGGCACAAAGUCUUAGCUAACUUGGGCGGCGAGGCGCUGGUGCUGAGCGGCGAGGAGCGCCCCGACGGCGCGGCCCACAACGGGCUGGGCGGCGAUGGAGCGGCGUGCCGCGGCGCCGAGGGCGGCGGGGGGGCGGCGGUGCGCACCGCCUUCACCGACCCCCCCGAGCAGGUGCCCGAGGCCGUCUCUAACAAGAAGCGGUGCGUGAAGGUGCUGAAGCAGGAGCUGGGCGGGCUGGGCAUCAGCAUCAAGGGGGGCAAGGAGAAUAAGAUGCCCAUCCUCAUCAGCAAGAUCUUCAAGGGGCUGGCGGCAGACCAGACCCAGGCCCUCUACGUGGGCGAUGCCAUCCUGGCCGUCAACGGCACCGACCUGCGGGAUGCCACCCACGACGAGGCGGUGCAGGCGCUCAAGCGGGCCGGCAAGGAGGUGCUGCUCGAAGUGAAAUACAUGAGAGAAGCAACCCCCUACGUGAAGAAAGGCUCCCCUGUUUCAGAAAUUGGGUGGGAGACACCUCCCCCCGAAUCUCCCCGCUUGGGUUGUGCCACUGCUGACCCACUGUCGCAGCUUUCGCUCUCCAUCCACAGAGACAAGAAGACAAUACCCCUCAAGAUGUGCUACGUGACACGCAACAUGACGGUGUCAGACCCUGAAAACAGACUUAUUGAAGUUCAUUCACCUGAUGCCAAGCACACCGUGGUGCUCAGGAGUAAGGAUUCAGCUACAGCCCAGGCCUGGUUCAAUGCCAUCCACUCCAGUGUCAAUGAGCUCAUCCCCAGGGUGAUUGCAGAGGUCAGAGACCAGCUGGGUAAAACAGGGAUUGCUGGAAGUCGAGAAAUUAGACAUCUAGGCUGGCUUGCCGAAAAGGUACCAGGAGACAACGAGAAGCAGUGGAAGCCAGUGUUAGUGGUCUUGACGGAGAAAGACCUCUUAAUGUAUGAGAGCAUGCCACGGAUGAAGGAAGCUUGGUUCAAUCCUCUGCAUACUUACCCCCUGCUAGCCACCAGGCUGGUCCAUUCUGGCCCAGGAAAAGGCUCACCACAGUCUGGAGUGGAUUUGUCCUUCGCAACCCGUACGGGCACGAGGCAAGGGAUUGAAACCCAUCUGUUCAGGACAGAGACCAGCCGGGACCUCUCAGUGUGGACGAGGAACAUAGUGCAGGGCUGCCACAAUUCUGCAGAGCUCAUCACAGAAAUCACCACAUCUUGCACAUAUAAGAGCCAGGAGUGUCGUUUGACCAUCCAUUAUGAACAUGGAUUCUCUCUUACAAGUGAACCACAAGAUGGUGCCUUCUCUAAGACAAUUGCACAAUAUCCCUACGAAAAACUGAAAAUGUCCUCAGAUGAUGGGAUUAGGAUGCUUUAUUUAGACUUUGGAGGAAAGGAUGGAGAAAUUCAACUGGACCUUCAUUCCUGUCCAAAACCAAUUGUGUUCAUCAUUCAUUCCUUCCUGUCAGCAAAGAUUACAAGACUUGGCUUGGUGGCCUAAGUGGGAUCCAUCUCUUUCUUCGGAGAAAGUCAGAGUGACCACGCUAAUCUGAAGCACAGCGACAUGUACCAGCCAGCAGUGCACACCAGCCUGGGGUUCAGUACUGGACCUUGGUCAUUUCUGCAGUCUUCCAAGGCCCAGGUUUCAUUUUGAUCAGCUACAGAGGUGGCAUGACAAGAAAAACAGUGGAUUUCUUUGUAAAUAAUGGGAUUUUAAAAUCCCGUAUCAGACAGUAAAAGUGUGUAGUACCAUACAUGUAAAUGUUUCAGAAUCAUAAAUUGUGCCUAUUUCAAUGUACUUGUUUAUACAGAAUAAGUAAAGGGCUAAGCAGGCAAGAGUGGGUGUUGGUUGUGAUGCAAGCUCAAAGUUGUUUGAGUAUAAGUUCCCCAAACAAGAUUGUCCCACCACCUAAAAGUAAAAUAAUUCCUUGGUGCUAAGCUUUGCACUGCUUACAGAAGACUAUUCUUUUGGGGCACCAUCAGAACCUGUUGCUUGAAUACCCAGCAGAGCAUGCAGAUACGCACCUUGAGUCAGAUGCUUUAAAGCAAUACAGCUGUGGCCAGUGAACAGCUGGAGGGUCCCCCGCCAAGGGGCACUUUUUAAUUAAAUGAUGAAGGCAUCUGGCAUACAUUCCUAGCAAUGGGCCCCAAACAAGACUAGCUACAGCAAUGUUUGGAGAGUGGGCUGUUGGUGGGGCGAAGGUAGGAGCAUCCAGUGUUAAUGAACACACAGGAUCUAUUAUUAUAGUGACUACCCAGAAUGGCUUACUUAGUUGCAGCUACCUGGGACCCCUGGCUCAGGUAAAAGUUACGUGAACCCAUGUUGAAGUGUGACCUAAGCUUCCAUCAUGUUUCCAUGGCAGUUUUCCAAGAGAAAGCCAGGCUGAGCUUUCUGUGCUCCUACUCCUACUGCCUCAACCCCUCAGCUCAGCCAAGACUGGUUAUGUGGUCUUCAUAGAAGAAGAAAAAUGGGGAAGGAGGAAGACUUGUAUUUUUUGGGGGUCUUCUAGAUUAGAUCAGAAAAAUUACUCAAACAGCUCCACAACAGUGAGGAAAUGCACUGGGGCAGGAACACGAGCUGCACUGCCAGAAAAGCCUUAAUAUUGAACUGCUCCUACAAGCCUCACUUGGUGAGUCCAGAUUUAUUCCUUGCUGGUAAAACAGAAGACAUUCACCUCCGUACCCACAAGUUACUAGUUCCUGUUUUGCACCACAGCUUACUUACUGUUUUAAGUUAAAACAUUCGAAUCACUGAGUUUUGGCCUUGCUCAUGGUUAUAUUGGGCACAAAGUGGGCACCAGGCAGGAACACUGACCUUCAUUGACAGGGAUCAUACACACAGCUUGCAUCUGGAACUAAUAAAUUGGUUUAAUGUGGUUGGGUGGGAACAGAAAAACAGAACUGCUUCAUAUAGAGGUGUUUGGUUUUAGAGUUUUGCCCUAAAUUCACACUUUGAAGGAGAGGAACUGUACAGAAAGUAAUAAAUCCAAAAUUUGUAAAAGUUUGCUUGUCAUACUACAACACUUCUUUUAUUCUUAAGAAAGCACACAAUUUUCAACUUAAUGUCACUUGACUGGUCAAGAGGAACAUUAAAAACACUGUUUGGUUCCAUGUUGGUUUUUAAGCUAAGUCUUGAGCACUAAGUGUACAUCAUGCUGUUUAUUCACAGUGUAGGAAUUAGUUUGUGGUGAUUUCCACAGACAUCUUAAUCAUCAAAACUUAUUUAAAAAUUAAGAUGAUGGGCUGAAUUUACAAUUUACAAAUAAACAGAAAAUUAUCAUUAAAGAACAAUAGCUAAAUCACCAUUUGGAAGAGCAGCCUCACUCCCAGCACCUCUCACCAGUCAAAAGCAAGCCUGGGAGGGGAUUGUGUGUAGCUUUGAACUUUGUUAUUACUGUCAUGGUACUUGCACUUAAAAAUUAAUUCCUCAUGUAAAUUCACAAGGUAGGAGAUAACCUGUUACAUAACUUACCUAGGAUUUCCAAAUGGACAUUUCUGAUUUAGCAGCCACUGCCGUUCACAUAAAUUUCUGUGGUAGUUUCUUGGGUUUCCUUUGGCUUGGAUGCUUCGAGGAGAACGACUUCGGAGAAGCUGGGAGCAGUCGGUACGCUGGGGGACUGGGUCCUUGAGUAUGGACCCACAUCACAAGUAAAACAUUGGGUGAAGUUUCUAGAGAGUGAUUCAGGACACUUAUUGCUGUUCCAAAGUAUAACUUAAAAGUCUGGAUGCAGGUUAAAGUGAAAACUUGUAUACUGUGGGGUAGGUUAAAUACAUAUGUAAACUAUACUGCACUAUUUCCUUAUUCCUUUAACACUUACAAAUCACUGGAAUGUUAUACUUAACAUGUAUGUGCAUUGUAAAUAUUACAAAUUCCUAUGUUAGAACCAACAAUUAAAUGACACAAUAUGUAAUCUAAGGUGCUCAGUACUAUAUGAAGUAUAAGUGAAUAAUUAAAUGGUUUGCAAAGAAAAUUCAUAUAUAUUUAUAGAAAAAAAAUAAUGAUAAUUACAGAUGCUAUUUCUUCAUUUUCAGAUUUUGGACUGAUUCAUAUUUGGAUGGGAUAGACAAAUGAAAUACAGACCUACUCCACAUUUGUAAGAGUAUAGUGAAUAUUUAUAUUUUAGAGGAAAAGAAUAUAUUUAAUAAAGUCAUUUAUUGGA